AUGAUGAGUGGCGGAGGCGGGACGGCGGCAAACCGCUACCGGUCGCCGAGUACGGGGAGGACACCUGCCCGCCAGGCCAACCGCAAAUAUAACUCGCUCUUGAACUUGUCUGGGACUGACCAGGAAGACGGGCGUAACGCUCCCUUGCGGGUGCGAGGAGUCACACCGCCGAGUCACAACUCAUCCGUCGGCCCUCCGUCGCUCCCGUACAUGGGGCGCAGACGCCGGUAUGGCGGCGACUUUGACGACGGCGCCUCGGACGUGUCGUCCAUUGCCAGUUGCGACUACAACGGCCCGAGAUUGUACAAGCAGCCCACGGCCAAGUCGAAUCGCAGCAUCAUCCUGAACGCCGUCAACUACUGCGUGUUCCCCGGUGCCGUGAACGCCAACCACAAGACCCGCGUGCUCGAAGAGAUUGAGCAGUCGGACUCGAAGCACUUCCUCAUCCUGUUCCGGGACGCGGGCUGCCAGUUCCGCGGCCUCUACUCGUACAACCCCGACGCGGACGAGGUCUACAAGCUCUUUGGCAAGGGCCCGUCGCAGAUUGUGCCUCGCAUGUUUGACCGCUUCUUCAAGUAUAAUUCAGGAGGAAAGGUGUUCACGCAAAUCCACACGAAGCAUUUGACGGUGACAAUCGACGCGUUUACGAUCCACGACGCAUUGUGGACUGGAAGACGAACCCCGAUUCCCAACAAGUCCGGAAUGGCACUCGUCGUGUGACACGAAUGCAGGCGGCGGAUGGGACACAUGGCGGCAGCCGUCGUUCGCGGUUUCAUUAUUGAAUUUUUUUUCCUCUCUUUCUUUUUUUUUUUUUUUUUUUUUUGCCAAGGACAUUUCUGCUCCUCCACAUCAUUCUUCUCGUUUUUCGCAGCCCUCUUUCUUUCUACUUUCGAAGAGAGAGGAAAAGAAGAAAAGAAUCAGUUGGUUGUGCCAUUCUCGGACAUUUUUACUCCCGCGUGUGAAAGACGUAAGGGAAAAUUCUCACCGGAAGGAGGCGGAACAAAAAAGAAAAAAAAUGGAAGUAACUAAAACGCGUUUUGUGAUUAUCUUGAACCAAUUUCGGUUUUCCUGUGAUUUGUGUAGUUUUUUUUUUUGGGUUUUUGUUCGUUCGUUUGGGUAUCAUCCCAUCAUCAUCCCCUGGCGUUUCUUCAUCGUCAUUCCGGAGUCUAUACUGUACUGUACUGUGCUAACUUGUCAUCAUUGAACGAGUGAGUGAAGGUGGUGUUGUUGUACGAUGAUGGUACUGUAAUGCAUCCCUCCAUCAGCAGCAGCAGCAGAAGCAGCAGGUGGGAAAGAUGAACGGAACGAUAGUAGGAAUCGUCAGAGGGGGUUUUUCUCAUCUGGAACCGUUCCUUCCUACUUGAAUUCGUUGGCGGAUGCUUCUUCUGUGUCUUCCUCCUCCUCCUCCUGCUGGUCAUCUGUGCUAGCUGCUGCUGCUGCUUUUAUUUUAUUUGUUUGUUUUUUUUUGCAUUCUUGACUGAUGGUCCCGUUUGAUCGCGGAAGGAACAACAACAACAAACUAGGUCGACGGCAUGAAGGUGGAACGAUUAAAAUUUAUUAAUUGCUUA